AUCUUUGAGAUCAAGGACUCAAGUCACAGAGGAAAAUGAAGGGCCUAUACCAGGCUGCUGGCUGGAUUCUUGCUACUCUGGGGAGUCUCAGUGUAUGUUCUGGAGUUAUUGCUUUCUUCCCCGUCUUCUCUUCCAAGCUUUGGUUCACAGGAUGGAGAGUUUGGAUUGCUUGUCCCAUCUGGAAUGGAGCUUUGGCCAUCAUGGCUGGUAUCCUUCUACCGUUGGCUUGCAAAGAGUGGACCCAGAGAUAUCUGUGGGAAGCUAGUUUCACCUUUGUGAUUGUGAGCGUUAUGGGAUGUCCACUUCAUUUUGCAAUAGCCUUGGAAUCUGCUCUCCUACGCCCAUAUUGCUUCUACUCAUUUUCAGGGAUUGCAGGGACCAGUUACCUUGGUUAUGCAGUUGCCUUUCCUUUUCCGUAUGCACAGUUCCCAUCAGUGUGCGUGGACCCACCGCGCUAUGAAGAGUACCACCUGACGCUUCAAGCCCUGGACCUGUGCCUGAGCUCUGGCCUGCUCUGCACGUCCCUGACAGUGUUUGUCAAGCUUUCUGCAAGACUUAUCAGGAAUGGACACAUAAACGUUGAUCCUAUCCACCCCCCCACCCCCACCAGCAAAGUUGGAAUACGAGAAUUUGGGCACUUUUGAUGCCUUUUGUGGUCAAUUCUGUCCUCUUCAACUUCUACACAAGUCUGCAAAGGAAAUCCUGUGCAUUCUUAAGAACAGAGUUGAUUUUACAAGGAGGCCUGCCAAGAAUUGAGACGAAUUGAGACAAGCAAGCCAAGAAUUGAGACGAAUUGAGACAAGCAAGCCAAAACUUCUUCCCUCACGGUACCGCUAGGGCAUCUGGAAGUUCAGUAUUUGAGAGUUCUCCCGUGUGGUGAACAUCCCACACUUUCUGGAGCCUUUUGUUAAAAGGAACGUAUGCCUAGGAGCACCCCACACUGAAAUGCUGGCAGUCAUAACCCCUCAACACGGGUAGUUCAUCAGACAUCUGGCUGUCACCUUAUGCAUGACACUCAGAAUACCGAGGUUUAAUGUGAGAUAGAGGGCAGGGAGAAAGAGGGAAAAAAAUAUAUGCAGAGCUUGGUAAGUCAGCUCCGUGGAGAUUCAACAGUAAGGCCACCUGAAGUGCCUGGGGAGAGAGAAAAUGAAUUGAAAACAGAAAUGAAUUGGGCUCAAAAGCAAAGUACUCCAGCUUUAGAGUUUUGCUUUUCCCAUCUUGCUCAGGACACAGCUUCCUGGUGUGUGACUUCUCAGUGAGGUAUAGGGCCCAACACAGCUAUUAAUAUAAAGCAUCUCUCAAAGUAGACCAAUGAUGUCAGAAUCACCUAGGGUUCUUCUUAAACCAGAUUUCUGGGUGCCAUCUGAGCCCUACUAUGUCAGAAACCCUGGGUUGGAGGCACAGAAUGUGCAUUUUAGCACACAUCCCAAGAAAUUCUGAUGACUAGUGAAGUUUGAGAAUUAUACUUUAUUUUUUAAAAAAUUCUCAAACUUCCUAGCACAAGGCUCUCUUAGU